AUGGAUUUACUUUUACUAAACACGCUUCAGAACCUCUCGCUGGCCGAAGGAAUUCGUUUGGGUCAAACUAUUCGAGAGCUAAAUAUAUUAUAUCAAGCGGAGUUCAAUGUGUUUUUGGAAUUUGGUAAUGGUUCAGAUAUAUUGGAAGCAGCCAGGCAGCCUCUUUUACCUAGUUUAUGGCUGAGCAAUAUCGAAAAUCAAAUAGUUAUGGAGGGAAACUUCAGUAGCUGUACCUUAACUAUACUUUAUUUGGAAGAACCCCACCUAAAUAGUGGUCUUGACUAUUUAACAAAGUGGUUGUGGAAAUAUCAACAUCUUUAUGUAUUAAUAUUUUACAAAGAUGGAACUGAUGAAAAUUUGACUACAAUAUUUAAACGUUGCUUUGGAGCAGGCUUGUUGCAUGUAAUUGUUAUGUUACCAAACUCAGAAGGACUCUACAGCUUCUUGCCUUACGAGAAUUUCAGGAUCUUACAUUUAGCUAAUGUAAUGGAUUACCAUAUUACCUCAAAAUUAAAUUGGAACUUCCGGGGACACAACAUUACCAGUGGCCUUGUGACGGCAGGUGCACCGCGUUGGUAUUCCUUUCGAGAUCGUAACAACAAAUUGAUACUAACUGGCUAUAUGCUAAGAAUGAUAAUGGAUUUCACCAGAUUUUAUAAUGGAUCAGUACAAACCCGGAAUGUGUCAACUGUGAAUGAAGGUCUACAGCUUUUAGACAAUCGAUCUAUUGAUUUUUUUCCGUUCCUUAUCAGACCUUUGGAAGGUUUUCAAAUGACGAACAUUAUGUAUCUGGAGAACUGUGGCCUUAUAGUGCCCUCAUCGAGACGUAUACCAAAUUAUCUAUACCUGAUUCGACCUUAUACUUUAAGCACCUGGUUAACUUGGUUAAUAAUCAUAGGAUACUGCUCUCUGGCCUUGAGGAUUUUAACAAAAGGAAAACUAAACCUGAGUGGAGCUUUUCUGAAUAUACUUCGCCUUGUUCUAUAUCUCUCUGGAGGCAAGGAUAUGGGUGCUCGACCAUCGCAUCAUAGUUUCCUGCUCUUCAUAAUACUAACCACUUCUGGAUUUAUACUGACUAACCUGUAUUUGGCCCAACUAUCUAGUAACUUGGCCACAGGACUCUACGAAAAGCAAGUAAAUUCUUGGCAGGAUCUCGAUGAAACGGAUGGUAUUUGGCCGUUGAUUGAUGUUGAUGUCACAACGAUGCAGACAUUAAUUCCCGAUCGCCAUAAACUAAUCUCUCGCAUAGUCAUUACUUCAGAGCAAAAUGUGGAUAUGUUUAGGAGAAAUUUAAAUACAAGUUGCAUUCAUUCGGGAUUCUUCGAUCGCCUUGAGUUUGCCCUGUAUCAGCAAAAGUUCCUAAAGUUACCAAUUUUCCGGAAAUUUCCCCAUAUACUGUACCAACAGCCCCUCCAAAUUUCCACAUCCUUUGGACGUCCUUACCUGCAGCUCUUUAAUUGGUUUUCACGCAGAACAUUUGAGAGUGGCAUCUUCUUAAAAAUGAAAGAAGAUGCCUAUUUGCAUGGCAUACAGAGCGGUCUCUUGACUUUCGAUUUUCGGGAUAAGUAUUUGAAAGUUAAAUCGAAUAAUUUGGAGUAUUAUUAUCUGGUUGCCGGAUUUUGGUUGGGUGGUUUGUUCUUGGCUUUAAUUUCAUUUUUUGUAGAGUUGUUGUUAGCGGCCACUCGAAUAAAGGUUACUGUAGAUUUUAAGCUGUCAAAAUAA